AGUGCUUUAUGAAAGCAGCGGACAGCAAAGGGAAUCUCCACUGCUGCGCGACCAGGUUUUAUACGCAGCUCAGGGAAUCUCCACUGCUGCGCGACCAGGUUUUAUACGCAGCUCAGGGAAUCUCCACUGCUGCGCGACCAGGUUUUAUACGCAGCUCAGGGAAUCUCCACUGCUGCGCGACCAGGUUUUAUACGCAGCUCAGGGGUGUGGGAAGCCACUUCUCCCUGUCCUGCAUCCAGUUCUGUUUUAAAACAUUUUAUACGCUCCAUUUUUAAAAAAAAAAUAUUGUGUAAAUGAAUGAUCAGGGCUCUGUUAUGAACUGGUAUAUGACAGCGUCUGUAAAUCUUUCUGAAAGGACAGGCAUGCAGUUCUCUGGAAAUAUUCAAAACUGCUGGUUUCAAACCUCAGUUAGUUCUAAUCUUGGACUGCUUUACCUAAGGUAACAUUAGCUAGUCUAACAUUGCUAAUCGGGGUCUGUGAAUUUAGAGUGAUUUCCUGAUAUGGCAUGCUCUCUUUUUAUUAAAUGUGAGUGAUGCAGCUGUUUGGGGAUAGACACCUGAAUUCUACUUUUUGCAUCAGUUUUAGGCCCCCCUUGCACGGGAAGAAACCUGUUAAAAAACUUUAAAAAAAAAAAAAAAUAAAAGAAUUCUAAACUGUAAUAAUAAUUACCUGGGUGGUUGUUCACUUUGGAAAGGUUUUCAUUACACAUCUCGUAUCCUUUUAAAUUGCAUGUGUUAUUAGGUAUACAUUGAAUGUAACGUUUCACACUUAAAAUAAUUAUUUGAAUUCUCAUUCAGUUCAACAGUACUGUAUUUGCAGCGUGUUUGUGAAAUUUGUUUUUAAAUACCCUAGAGAUUGUUUUGUCAAUGCUAUGCAAUAAACAAUGUAUUGAAUAUAUACUGUAUGCCUCCAUACUGUAAUGCAGCAUAGCCUUAUAUAGUAUGUCAUAGGCACUGCUCUGCCUCACGUCCACACCUGUGUAAAGCAAAAAAAUUAUAGGGUGUUCCGUGCAAUGAGUUAAGAUUGUGUGAGUUAAGAUUUGUUGCACCUUAGUGUAAAAUAUGUAAAUACUGUCUAUCUUGCACAUAUCCAGAGAGCAACAACUUCAGUGAAAAGCAUUUAGUCUUCAUGACCUAAACACUUGAUCAUGUAUUGGAACCAGAGGUUCUCAAACGUAUUACAACAGGUGGGGGGGUGGGGCUACCUGUGUGGCUCAGGGCCCCCUCUUGUUUAAUGUAUGUAAAUAGCAAUGUAAUGCUGAUUUUAUGUUUCUUAUAACAAGGACCUUUAAUCAUGAUCACUGCAUUAGUAAGAUUUGUUUUUGUAGUGGUUGCAUACAUGAUUGUCCUAGGUAUGUUAAUACUUUGAAGGGGCUCUUAAAUGGAGCACAGGAGUGCCUUUUUUUACAUGCCUGUUUGCUUUUGCACCUUUAUCAGUAAUAUUAAAUAUAACAACCUGCCAUGGUUCCUGUUGUUCUCACUGAAGCAGCAUUUUUGUUUCCUUGAGGUGUGAACUCUUUACUAUCGCUGCCAGCGCUUUGCUUGUAAAUAUUUUCAUGUUCAAAACCCUUUCUCUGUAUCUGAAGGUGCCUGUGGACAGCGGUUGCAUGUUACAGUUUAUGGGGCCCUUGUAGCCGGAGAUUUCAGAAUAACCACUUUCAUCAUAAAAUAAAUGUGGGCAAGAACUUGGUGUCCCUUUAAUUUCUUUUGUUUGGGAUGGGGUAUAACAUGCCUUUUCGGAGUCCUGCAAUAGAAUUGCAUGACUUACUCGAACAAUAAAUGCUGUGUGCAUUUGUAAUGCCAAUAAACUGGCAUGAUGUUCCAUCUUAAUAUUCAAAGAGACUGUCUUUAUAAAACAUUUUUUAAAAAUCCAUAUAUAUAUUAGUGAAAGAGCAGAAUGGCCAUUGUGAUGUAUGAUGUCUGCACAUGCUGUACUAAUCUUGUCACUCCUGUGGUUUUCAGUGUAAGGUACCCGAAGUGUGUUUAUUAAUCCACCUUACCUAGAUACAUGGUUUCCAUUUUAAGCUAUCAAGGCAAUCACACUGCAGCGGCAUCGCCUACAGUUACAAUUCGUUUUCUUUUCAAAAUCAGUCCGGUUCUUUUAUCAGCCAAAAGUCUGUUAAAAGCUAACCUAAAGCAAACUGGUCUAACACACUUGCAGAGAGAAACGAAUGAUGAAGCGCAACAUAAUUUCCCACAAAAAAACAAAACGUUUUGGGUAUAAAACCUUAAGCAUACACCAAUGUGAGUUACGGCACAAGAGUGCACUUUUAACCAAGGGCAUACGACUUGUACAUUGUAGAAACUGGAUUAUAAUUGCAUUCUGUGAGAUGUAAUGAUAGCAUGAUUAAGAUGUCGAGUGUUUUGUUUUUUUGUUUUGUUUUUUAACAGAACUCGCUCUAGUGAUUGGUUGUUUCCACCCGGAUUAUUUUCCCCCGGUUCCAGGAAGUUCACGGUCUGCAGCCUGUGCGUUGUUUGUUUUCCCAGUGAAGAUGGCGGCGCCCAUGCCUGUGGCAGCGCUGCUUCUUUCGGAGGUGCAGGAGGACUCUCUGUACCGGGAUGAGGGGCUGUGUGUGCUGGGCAUUUUCGGGAAGAGCUCCCUGCAGCCCGGCUCAGCAAAGGAGUCACUCGUCAACACGCUGGCGGACAAGCACGUCUUCCCGUUGUUCGGGGAAGAGCAGUACGAAGAGACGCCGGACGGAGGCAGUUUGAUCCGGGCUUACUACAACCAGGAGAGCCGCGUCCUCUACCUCCUCCUCACCUCCGUCUGCGAUAACAGGGAGCUCCUGCGUGCUUGUGAGGCACUGGGGGCUGGCAUCAGCCACGCCGAAGCACACGAGCUGUGGAAGGGCGCGGAGAGGCAGCAGUGCCUGCAUCUGCUCUACCUGUUCUCGCUGUGCCACGUCCUGCUGCUCGUACACCCCACCUGCUCCUUCGAUGUCACCUACGACCGGCUUUUCCGCGCUCUGGACGCGCUCAGACAGAAGGCUCUGCCCCUGCUGCGGGCGGCAAUCAAGGACUGCCCCGUCUCCAAGGAGUGGAAGUUGAACUGCCGACCCUGCCCUCCGCGGCUGCUCUUUGUCUUCCAGCUGAACGGCGCCCUCAAAGUGAGCAGCGGCGGAGCUGGCAUGAGCGCAGCGAGUGCAGAUGCCCCCGGUGGCAACCCGGAGAAGCCUAAAAAGCACUCCCCCCGGCGCCGGCUGCAGCACGCACUCGAGGACCAGAUUUACCGCAUCUUCCGCAAGAGCCGCGUCCUCACCAACCAGAGCAUCAACUGCCUGUUCACGGUGCCCGCAAAUCAAGCUUUUGUGUACGUGGUGCCCGGCCCCGAAGAAGACCCGGUUGGUGCCCUCCUGGGGCAACUGAGAGCCAACUGCGCCCUGCGGGAGAACGAGUCCCUCGGUCUCAUGACUGGGCCGCGGCGCUACCAGCAGCUGCGUCACUCCCCCCGCCAGACUUCCUUCAAUGUGGAAAGCAGCAGCCUGACAUCCGCGGGGGGCGGCCAGCUGGUGGACUGCACCCUGAAAGAGUUCCUGUGGCAGCACGUGGAGCUGGUCCUGACCAAGAAGGGCUUUGAUGACAGCGUGGGUCGCAACCCUCAGCCUUCCCACUUUGAGCUGCCCACCUACACCAAGUGGGCGCAGGUAGCCUCCCGGCUGCACCAGGUGAUGCUGGCCGGGAAGGAGGAGGACUCUGCAGAGCUGGCUCUCAAGGUGCAGGGGCAGCUCAAGGUGUUGGAAGGCUUCCUGGAUGCAGACGCCAAGUUCUCCGAGAGCCGCUGUCAGAAGGCGCUGCCGCUCGCCCACAGCGCGUACCAGUCCAGCCUGCCUCACAACUACACCACCACGGUGCACAAGAACCAGCUGGCUCAGGCGCUGCGCGUGUACAGCCAGCACGCCCGCGGAGUCGCCUUCCAGAGGUGCGCGCUGCAGCUGCAUGACGACUGCUACAAGUUCUGGAGCAAUGGGCACCAGCUGUGCGAGGAGCGCAGCCUGACAGACCAGCACUGCAUGCACAAGUUCCACCUGCUCCCCAAAACAGGGGAGAAGCCAGAGAUGGAUCGCAACCCGCCUGUACUCAACCACAACAGCAGGGGGCGCUCUACCAGCUCCUGUAACUGCGGCCGCAAGCAGGCGCCCCGCGACGACCCCUUCGACAUCAAGGCAGCGAACUACGACUUCUACCAGCUGCUGGAAGAGAAGUGCUGUUCCAAACUGGAGCACACCUACUUCCCAGUGUUCCAGCCCAGCACCCCAGACCCGGCCCCUGCCUGCAAUGACCCCCCUGGCCCCCAGGUCACAGGGGGAGAAGCGGAGGGAGAGCGGCUCAAGGACAAGGAGGAGGCUGCUGUGCACACCCCUGGGGAGAGCACCAGUCUGAGCCUGGCACUCAGCCUGGGCCAGUCCACUGACAGCCUAGGCCCCUAUGGGGGAGGCGAUGGGGCUGACGGCCAGGAGAAGAGGCCCAGCCUGGUGGAUAGACAGCCCUCCACAGUGGAGUACCUCCCGGGCAUGCUGCACUCCGGCUGCCCUAAGGGGCUCCUGCCUACCUUCUCAAGCUGGUCUCUGGUCAAGCUGGGCCCCGCCAAAGCCUACAACUGCCACAGCGGCCUUGACCAGCCCGGCUUCCUCCCCGGCUCCGCCUUCCUGCUGCCCUGGGACAUUGUGAUUCGCUGCCGGGCUGAAGAGGAGGUGGGGCAGGCCGAGCCCCUUGAUGCAGGCCCCUCCUCCUGGCCCGCCCCCAACAAAGCAUUGCCUGGGAAGAGGGGCGGGGCUGGGGGACAGGCCAGAGGGCGUCGCCGAGACGACGUUGCCCGAGCUUUUGUGGGGUUCGAGUAUGAAGAUGGGCGCGGCCGCCGGUUCAUAAGCUCGGGGCCCGACAAGGUGGUGAAGGUGCUGGGCCCUGGGGGGCCCAAGGAGCCGGCUGGGCGAGUGCUGAGCUCCGACAUGCCCCUGUACAUCCCCUCACCAGCGCAGGGCCGGGGCCUCAAGCCACACUACGCACAGCUGGCUCGGCUCUUCAUCGUAGUGCCUGACGCACCCCUGGAGAUCAUCCUCACUCCACAGGUGCAGCCAGGGUCUCCGCCCUGCCCCAUCUUUCACCCCGAGCGGGCGGAGAUCGUGCUGCCCCCCGACGGGCUGUGGGUGCUGCGCUUCCCCUACGCUUACGUGACGGAGCGCGGGCCCUGCUACCCGCCCAAGGAGAACCAGCCACUGGCCUGCUACCGCGCCCUGAGAGGCAUCCUGCGUGCCAGCACUGCCAACCCAUCCCCACCACCACUGCAGCAACAAUGACACCUCCGGACACCACAUUGACAUCUCAACAACACCAGGGGGAGCUGCUGGGAGAGAACAUACUUCAGGAAGCAAACCCAGCUGGUUCCUGAACCCUCCUCCUCCCUCUGGCUGUAGUGUAUCUUGUAGACUCAAGCUAGUUCACUGUUUUGAUUGGCUGAUCUGUGAUCUUGUCACCGUUCCCCUUCCCCACCCCCCGGAAGGGUUCCUUGCCAUAAACUCAGUGCUUUGCAUGCGUGUAGUUGGUCACCUGGGUGUACCAAUGAGGUGGAAGAUUAUACCGUGCUGCACGCUCGUGCAAAGCAGUGGCAUUGCAGCAUGGGUCUUUGGAAAUUGGCAGAAUGGGGAACCAGUCAAAACCCUGAACUGGCUAAGAGCUGCACACUUCUCUGUGUAGCUUGUGGAAGCAGUCAGAAAGUAAAUAGACCCCCCCUCCCAGGGAAGACCACUCUGAGAGCUCUGUCAGAAACACUGCCUUACCGGGGGGUCUGUUCAGUACAAGAAUUCUCAGGGGAGUCACUGGGUGCAAGUGAGGCCUGACUGUGAGGUAAGCAGUGUGACCUAGUGGUUAGAGCUGAGGGACUGGGUGGUAAGCAGAGUGACCUGGUGGUUAGAGCUGAGGGACUGGGAGUUAA